AUGGCGUCCCCGUGGCCCGCCCAGCCCUUCAAGGCGAUCUAUAUCGCGCUGUUUCUCCUGAAAACCCCCCCACACUUAGCACUGCUUUCGCUCCGUUAUAUGUUUAAGUCACUCCGCCCCGUCCCCGGAUGGACGUUCAGGACGUCCCUAGGAAUCGCGCUCUUCCGUGCCCAGGUCCGCCUGUUCACGAAGAUUCGCUACCAACGGGCCCCGCAGCUCAAGCCCGGCAAGGCGGGCGAGAGGUUUGUCUUGAUAAGCCCGCCCGACUCUUGUUUCUUCCAGGGCGUCUUAGCCUCCAGAACCGUUCAGCCGGCGCCAGUCGGGGCACUAUGGUUCCCGGGACCGGCCGAGCGUAACGAAAAGGGCAUGGUAGAACGAGGCCAGAAGACAGUUAUUCACUUCGCAGGCGGCGGCUUCGUCCUCGGUUGGAACCCCAAUAAGAUGGGACGGUCCGUUGCGGACGUAUUAAUGCCGCAUCUCGAUGCGACCAACAUUCUCUAUGUGCAGUACCGACUAGCAACCGAGGAGACGCCGUUCCCUGCCGCACUCCAGGACGCUUUGACUGCGUAUUACUACGUGUUAAACAUCGGCGUAGACCCUGAAGAUAUUAUUCUCUCGGGAGAUUCGGCUGGGGCCAAUCUGAUCCUGGGGUUACUGCGAUAUUUGGAGAUGUUUCCGUCUCUACUUCCGCUGCCGAGCAGCGCUAUGCUAUGGUCGCCGUGGGUCAAAGUCACAGCCAACGACGGGCGCGAAUACUACGGCUUGCCGAACUCGCGGGUUGACUUCCUGGUCCCGUCCGUUCUGGAUUGGGGUGCAAGGGCCUAUAUUCCCGAAGGGGACUUGUCCCAAGAGGACGAGGCUUUCAUCUGCCCGCUCUACCAUUCGUUCCGGUCGAGCACACCGCUCUUUAUACAGGCCGGGACGAAGGAGGCGUAUUACGACGCGAUGAAGAGGUUUGCCGAUGAUAUGGCAGCCAUAAAGGGCAACCGGGUGAAAUUCCACCAAUCUCACCUAGCGCCGCACGAUAUUUUCUUUACCUGUUCGAUGGUAGGGUUUAAGAAAGAAGUCGGGCUGGCCAUAGAGGAAGCCCUCGACUUCUUAACGCCAGAAAGCUUAGGGCACAAGGAAUGGGAUGAUUGUUAG